UUUCAAUCAACCCUCCAAAAUAUUUGUUUACACUUUCAGUUUGGCCACUAACAAUUCGUAUUUAAUUAUUUACUUAAAGUUAAGACCAAUGUGCGGGCGCACUUGCCUAACCCUAGACCCCGAGCAGGUAAUUUGCGCCUGUAAAUAUCCACGGAAAACGAUCAAAACGGAUCCUGAUUCCGAAGACAAGGAUAAAAUCAAGGAUGAGGAAGGAUCGUCAAUGGAGACGCCCGAGUGGCGGGCGGAAUUCAAUCUGGGAAGGAACUACCAGGCCUCCUACAACAUUGCCCCCACCGACAUAACGCCGGUCAUCGUGUCCGCAGGACAUUUCUCGGAUGCCGAGGAUCAGAAGUGCGCCCGCGUCAUCAUGCCCAUGAUGUGGGGCAUGAUCCCCUUUUGGCAUAAGGGUGACUACCGGCGACAUGGCCUAACCACCAACAACUGCCGGCUGGAGCACCUGAUGGACUCGAAGUUGUAUCGUGGGCCCUUCAAGCGCGGCCAGCGCUGUGUGGUCAUCUGCGAGGGAUUCUACGAGUGGCAGACGGCCGGUCCAGCCAAGAAGCCUUCCGAGCGGGAUGCCUACCUGGUAUUCGUACCCCAGGAGGGCGACGCCAAGAUCUACGAGCAGCCAAAGGAUGUGAAGCUGCUGAGGAUGGCGGGACUAUUCGAUGUGUGGGCGGACGAGAGCGGCGACAAGAUGUACAGCUACAGUAUUAUCACCUUUCAAUCCAGUAAAAUCAUGUCUUGGAUGCACUAUCGCAUGCCCGCCAUCCUCGAAACCGAGCAGCAAAUGAAUGACUGGCUGGACUUUAAGCGAGUGAGUGACGCGGAAGCCUUAGCCACCUUGCGCCCGGCUACUAAGCUCCAGUGGCACCGUGUGUCCAAGCUGGUGAAUAAUUCGCGGAACAAGAGCGAGGAGUGCAACAAGCCCAUCGAACUGGUCGCCAAGCCAGCUAAGCCGGCGAUGAACAAAACGAUGAUGGCCUGGCUAAAUGUUCGUAAGAAACGGGAGGAUCAAACCAUGGCAGAGCACAGUGAUCCCAGCGAUGAAGAGGAGCAGGAGAAGGAGGCAGGACGCAAGCGCAGGAACUCCCCCAGUGGCUCCUCCUUCGACAGUCCAGCCAAGAGGUCCAAAUUCGAGGACUUCAAGAGUGAAAAAGCUGUCGAAGUGAAAUCAGUCGAAAAAUAGACCCGCAAAUCAUUAAUCAUAUUCUUACAACUUGUAGUACAUUAAGUUUAUUUUCAUUAAAAACCGAAAAAUUGUUGUUCAA